GAUAAGGGUUCUAAUGAAAUUGUCCUUAAAGCCAUGGGUAGAGCCAUCAACAAGACUGUGAUGAUUGCUGAAUUGAUUAAGAGAAGGAUUGCUGGCCUCCACCAGAACACAUCAAUUGGAUCUACUGAUAUAACUGAUAUGUGGGAGCCACUUGAAGAAGGCUUACUUCCCCUAGAAACUACCCGCCAUGUUUCAAUGAUCACAAUCACUUUGUCCAAGAAGGAGCUAGAUACAUCCUCUACUGGGUAAAUGAGAACUAAAGUUUCAAUGGAGAUGAAUGGCAUUAUCCUUUUCCUUUUUCAUCCCCCUCUCCCCCUGGUUUGAUGAUUGCUGUUUGGUUCUCAACUAAUAUAAAACUUUGUUUGGUAGGACUUAUAAAUUUUGAAAUCUUAACCAAUUUUUACAAUUAGACAAUCUAAGAAGUUUCUU